AUCAGGUCUCUCAGGCAAGACAAUGUAAAUAUGGCGGUAGCAACUCUGAUAUGCCGUCAGGCAAACCUGGUCGGUGCGACAUAUGAUGAGUCUUCUGGCUCUGUUCUGAUUACUGUCCAAGGCGAUGGUGUACAAUCUCACAGCUUAGAACAGGCCAAAAGCUGCCAUUUCCUUACAACCUACCAGAUCCAACACGGAUCACAGCAGCAGCAACAAGCUGCCGAUGCCUCUGCACAGUGCCUUGCUGCUGCAGUUGUCCUCAACGAUGGGCGUGUGGGUGUCACGGUCGUAGGACCUGACGGAGCCGCGGGGCCGCUCCACCUUCCCCCUUCAAGUCCGCAGCCGCCCCCCCUUCACGUCCUAACAACCAGCUCCGCGGACACAUUACUCGUGGUCACACAGUCCACGGCGGGCAGCCAGGUCACUCUGCGCGUGCUGCGACUUUCCCCAGCCCCCAGCAACGAUGCCACAGGUCUCACGCAGGUCAAGGCUCUGACACUGCCAUGCCCCGGCGGCAGCAGCGGCGCCGUACCUACGAGCCUCACCAUGAGCCCUGCCUUUGCGCUAAUUCAAUGGUCUAACGGCCAUGCAACUGCCGUACACGGGCUCCAGGGCGGCGCCGCUGCCUCGCCGCUGCGGCCCUGUAGCUUUCCCCUCGCCGACGCUGUCCUUGCCAACGGCGCCUCCUCCUCCUCGGCGCCCGCCACCGCUACGACGCCUGCCGCCAUCGCGUCCGGACGGAAGCGCAAGAGCGCAGCAGCCACCUUGGCGACCGACAAUGGCAGCGCGCCGCGGCAACGGCCUCGUGUGCUGUGCGCCGCUGUGGAUGAGCGGCAGUUUGUGGUGCUUGAUCUGGAGUCCUCCGCGGCCCAGUCUCAGAUUUGUUUCAGCCUCCACGAUGCCCAGUUUGGGUGUCCGCUGUCAUCUGGGUGUAUGGAGGUGGACGCGCCGCUGCUGAGCCUUGACGUAUCGCAGUGCGCUGUGGUGUCAUCAGGGCCUGAGGCUACACUUGUCCGACUGGGCGGUGCAGUCCACGGACUGCACAUUCGGACCCAUCCUAUAAGCCUCCUGUCGCUCGUCGCUCGGCUUUCCAUGUCGGCAUCGGCGGCGUCGGCGGGAGCACCGGCGGCGGCAAAGGGCACGCCUGUGAAGUUGAAGUCCGGCGGGAUUGGCGGCGCUGGCGUGGCCAAGGCGGUUGUAACGCUCCCUGCGCAGGUCUCACUCGACCCGACCUUGCUCUCAGGCCAGCCGUUGGGGGCAACACCCGCCGUUGCCGCCGCUGCAAUGGGCGACGACGACUUUCAGGAUGUCGUACUAGAGCCCGUCCCUGGCACCGCCGUCAACCGCGUUGAAGACAUUUGUAACUCCCUCAUCGAACAGCUAUCCUCGGCGGCAGCGGCGGAUACGCCGCCGUCUCAGUCGCUCCUUGACUCAGUGGUGUCGUACAUUGCCGGUCGCCGCCAGCACGGCAUGGCAGUGCCGCCGCAGUUAUUGAGUCUGACCGCGCGCGGUCUGGCAGCCGCGCGGCAAUGGUCACAGCUGGGCAGCUUCCUGAACCACGUCCCGCGUGGGGGACUAAGUGGCUGCAGCGACGUGCUUGUCCUGGCGGCGGCGGCGCAGCAGUUCGGCCUUCUGUCCCGCCUGUCCACCUGCCUCGACGACGUCGAGCCAGGGGCGCUGGUAGACGCCCUGCAGGUGCUGCUCGCUCCCACGACCCGCAGCAACCUGGCGGCAAGGCAGCAGCACUACAAUGCGCUGCGUGCCGCCGCAGAGGCGCGGGUAGCUGAGGCUGAGACGGCAGUACGCCGCGCCACUGCAGACGCCGGCAAUGGCAGUGCGGUGGCGCUGGCGCAGUGCGCCGCCGCGGCUGUGGACGGGUUUAGCUACCGUGAAGUCCUGCUGCACCCGCUGUUGGCGAUUCCCGUGGAUGCCCCGGCGGUGCAGGUGGCGUUGCGGCGCCUGAGCGCCCCCUCGACUGACGCGCUGCUGGGCUGUCUAUCCAAGUGGCUGGUCAAAUACACGGGGGGAGCCCUGGGUGACUUGACCCACUACGUGGUGUUGCCGCAGGAGCUGCUGUUUCCGUACUACCACCAGGUGCUGGAGUGGACUCGGAUGACCAUCGACGCUCAUUUGACAAGACUCCUGAUGGCGAAAACACCUCUGCCCGCGUUGGAGUCCUUAGAAGCAGCUCUCAACAAGGCUGUGGAGGGCACCAGACGCCUUGCUAUGCUGCGGGGCGCUCUGGAGCAUUUGAGCGCCGCUGCGCCUUUGCCCGCUGCGCAUAUUGCUGUUGCGACGCAAUAUACCGCAGAAGUGCUUGAUCUACGUGGCCGAAAGAAACGGCCAGGUCCGCAGCCGCCGCCAGCGCAGGGCUACCGGCACCUCAGGACGCCCAGGGUGCGUGUUGCCCGCGGCGGGAGCGGGGGCGGCGGCGGCGGCGACGGUAGCGAUGGCAGCGACUACGACGACCGGCCAAGCCGUUCCGACCUCCCAGCCGCCGACAUUCCGGUGGCCAAGCCCUACCAGCCUCCGUACGAGAAGGAGGCGCCACCGCCGCCGCCGCCACCCGCCAUGGGCUUCCCCUCUACCCGACAGCACCGUCCCUAUACCCCCAAGUCCCCUUUGCAGACCGAGCCAUUAAACCGUACGAAGGUGGUCGUUGGCUUAGGCCAGGCGGUGGGGCCGCAUUCUUAUUUCUCGUUAUGCGUUUUGACGUAUCUCGGACAGCACAGCCCUAGGCUGAGCCUUAGACCUCUGGCUCAGGAGUCAACGAAGAGCCGUUUGCCAGCGCACCUGCGGCGUCGUACGGUCCCUACAGACCGCUGCCUCAAUACCUCGGCCACACCAAUCCCACUGCUCAGCUUGGGGCACCUGCGGGGUUGCCGCUAUCACCAUCACAACCACCCGCGGGUUUUCUGCUACCCGACGCAGCUGCCCCACGCGGGUUCCCCGACGCCGGGCGGCGGCGGCAUGUUCCUUUCCGGCUACCCGCCUCCAGGGGGAUAUGUCAUGCAGCCGCCGUUACAGCAGCCACCCCAACAGCCGCCCCAACAGCAGCCGCCCCAACAGCAGCUUUGGCCGGGCUGGCAGCAGCAGCAGUGGCAGGGGCCCUACCAGUGCCUUGGUGGCGCAGGCGCCUACGGACCUCAUAACCCUGCGGCCGCCGCGGGCCCUAGCCUGGGUCGCCUAGGGGCGGGAGGUGCUGGCGGUGCAGCAGUGCUGGGGGGACUCGGGGGACUGGCGGCGGGUAUGCUCCUGGGUAACGCGCUGAGUGGGGAUGAUGGCGGCGGGGCGUUCGAUGCCUUCGACGGCGGCGGCAUCUUCGACUUCUGA